AUGUUUUCACAAAGUGGUACUUCAACUCCAGUUCCAUCAUCGGCUUCAUCGCAAAAUAAAAAUGUUAUACCAAUACAUGAUCAAAUAAAUGAUUCAAUCACAUGGGUAUAUGAUUGGUAUUCUCCAAAUUUUAAUAAUCCAUUUAGUAAUAAUAUGACAAAUGGUAAUUAUAAUAUAGAUACAAAUAAUGGUUCAACAAUAAAUGAUUCAACAACGGCCAAUACAACAAAUAUUCAAAAUGAUAAUUUACAAAAUUUUAAUUCUUUAAAAUUAAAAGGUUGGUUCAAGACAAAUUUUAAUCAUAAAUCAAAUACUUUUAAACAACAAAUUUUAACAAAUGAUUCUUAUCUUAAUUUAAAUUCAAAUAAAUGGAAAUAUUUAAAAGAUUCCUCAAUAACUCCUCCAAUUGAUGAAGAUAUAGUUAUAAAGGAACAAACUGUCGAACCAGUUGGUGAAGGAGAGGGUCAAGUUGAAAGUGAAAAUGUUAAAUUAGACAUUAAAGGUGAAAUACCUGAAAGUAAUAAACAAUAUCAAAGUGCAAUAUAG